GGGUUGCUGGUGCGGCUUAGGGCUGUAGUGGUAGCUGGCAGUGUGUCUUUUGGCUUGUGGGGUUAAAAGCCGAUCAGCGCGUAGCCUCCCCGCUGGGCUGCUGUGCCCCCGGCCAUCUCUCACUGCUCUCAGGGAAAACCACUGGACCCCUUUGCUCCCCGUUUUUGCAUCCCAAAGACGCUUGUCAGCCUUUGUGGUAGGACUUCAUGUCUGUAUUUUUUCCCAUUCACUGCCCUGAUUAUCUGAGAUCAGCUGAAAUGACUGAAGUGAUGAUGAAUACUACAUCUAUGGAUGAAAUUGGGCUAAGUCCCCGCAAGGAUGGCCUAUCAUAUCAGAUUUUUCCUGACCCCUCAGACUUUGAUCGUUAUUGUAAGCUGAAGGACCGCCUGCCUUCCAUUGUGGUGGAGCCAACAGAGGGGGACGUGGAGAGCGGUGAGCUGAGAUGGCCACCUGAGGAAUUCCUUGUCCAGGAGGAGGAGGAGGAGGAAGAAGAAAACUGUGAAGAGGCAAAGAAAGAGAACAAAGAGCAAUAAAUGGCAGCUGAAAAAAAUACAAGGGAUUGUAUUGUCUUGAGGGAAGAGCCACACCUGUUCUGAAGGUCUUUUUUUCUUAAGAAAAAAGACAGACAAGUUCAAUUUUGCACCUGCAAGAUCUUAGGUUUUUUCGUAUUCUCUGUAUCGAGAACUGGAGCCCUCGAUGUGACACUCUCCAGACCUUCUGAGGAAGGAAGUCAUGCAGAGAAAAAUGUUUGCUGUUCUCAAGAUCACUAUCUGACUUUUUUUUUUUAUUUUUUUGUUAAGACUGAGAGGCGGCAGAGAAAUUCCAAGGCCCUUGGUGGAUGGUGAACAAGCAAGGCUGUUUAAUGAGUGGUGGGGAGGGUGGGAAUAAAGAGAAAUGUAAGCAGUGUUGAGCAAGGAACUGCCUCUGGCUACAAAAGCAUGAGACUAGAGUCUUCAUCUCUCAAAUUUUCCUUUCUUAUAAGCUUCUGUUUGUGUAUCUGGAGUGGAGGGGAAAUGUGUGGUGACAUGUCACAAAUGGAUGCUCUGCUGACCUAAUUGCUGGGUGGCAUAGAGAGGCAAAGGGGCUUUUAGUCAUUCCCCAGUUGCACAUCUCCUGAAGUUACACAAGCAUGUGUAGGAGUAAUGGAUUUCUUGCGUUAACUAUCAAACCUGUUCCCAGUCUUUGCCCAGAAGAUGUUUUCUUGCCUUCUCUUUCUGUCUGCAUUUAAACCUUGUAAUGCUGAACAGCUCAGUUGGCAGGGUCAGUGUGUUCUGCUGCUACUCUCAAUCUAUUUUGCAAGGUCCUUGUUUAUCUUGCAGAUGAUUAGCAUGAGGUAACAAAGAAAUUUCAUGUAAUGUCUAAAUCUACCUGAGAUCUUGUUCUAGAAGUGGUUAAGAUGCUUCUCUCCUGCUAGCUGAGACUGCUAUAGUAAGACAAAACUCAUUACAGUGCAUAAAGCUUGCAAGGUGCAGGGACCACCUGCCUUCUAGAUGAUUCUGGGGCUGCAUGGUUUCCAUCUCAAACAUGCUGGGUCAACCAUCUGAUCAAAACUGGCUUAGUAGAGGGGCAUGGGGAGAAUCUGCAGGGAACUGUUAGAUUCGGGUUUUCUUUGUUAGCAGCAGUGCUCUACCAGAGCUCCAAGACCUAGCAAUGCUGGCAGACCAAGAUGCUUGCAGAAAUCAUCUGCUUAAAAAUGGAUGAAAUUGAAAAUUCCCACAUGCAACAAAGUCAGAAGAAUGUUGCCAGAACUGAAAUCAAAGAGGCAGUCCUAAAUCAAAUGGCUGACUUGAAAAGAUAAGAUGGGGGCAGGGAAAUGAUGCCUGUCUUCAGACAGUAUUUCAUGGCUUUUGAGUGUUCUGGGCAAGAGGAUGUGCUUCUGGUUGUAACAAAGUAUUAGUAGGGUUUAAUAAAGGGCAAGAUGGUUUGUAAGGUCUAAGGUAUCCCAUGCAACUUGUUCAGUGCUGAGUUCUGUCUCUGUCCUACCUGACCUCUGUCUACAAGGGGAACUGAUUGCAAGGCAGGUUGAGUUGCCACUUUUGUGGAAAGUGGCAAUCCAGCAACUUUAUGGAAAAGCCCCAAAGGGGCCCAAGGCAUCUGUUGAGGAGCUGACAGGUCUAAGAAUAAAGUGCUGGUAGUUUCCACCUUAAAACAAGUCUGGAGACACUAAAGGAAGAAAGACAAAUGUUAAGGCCUUAACCAGACCUUAUGAUAAAACCCAGUGCAUCCUGUCUACUAAUAACUGGUUCAAUUAAAAAAAAUCUAUUUGGACUUUGUGUGUGCGUGUGUGUGUGUAUAUAUAUAUAUAUAUAUAUAUUUGUAUCUAAUACCUCAUGAGUAGUUUAAACGCUGGUGGGGGUUGGGGGAUUGCUUUUAACAUAUCAGCAGAAUUGUUUUAGUCUUCGUCUUGCUUGUGAUUUAAACAUAAUGGCAAUAACUUAUCAGCUCUGUUACUAUUUCAGACAGACCUGAGGGAUUGGAGACUGACUUUUUUUGCAUUGUUCUGACUAGUAGCAAUGUAGAAUGCAGCUUGUCUCUUCCUUCUUUUUUAGCAGCAAAGAACCAGUCUCAUACUCACUCCCAGGUUUGGUGGAUGCUUUGUCAUCACUGACCUCUCAUCAUGAUCUAGUGAUGUUAUCAUUUUUAAACUGAUGGAUCCAGCUGUUUGUAUCUGAACAUCUGUUCUAGUCUUGCUGUCUAAUGGAAUGAGCUUGUACACCUGUAUACCAGCCAGUCUCAAUGUUUUAAACUGUUACUUGUCUUCAAUCUGUGCCACCAUGUUGAGGCUUGUUAACAGAUUACUAUGUGGGUAGCAAAAGGAUGGAAAUCCUUAUCCUACAGAUCUGAGGAGAAAUGUCUGCCGUAAAGACUGGUAUAUUCCUGUCUGCAUCCCCCUCUUUUUUUUUUUCUUUUUAAGUAUUGUGUAUUUCUAUUUGUCAAAUGUAUUUGAAGAACAAAGCACUCCAGUAAAACUCCUGUUGUCUGUACAUUCUAUUUCUGUAAUUCUUUUUUGAGCCUCAGGGAGAAGCUAGCUUUUUUUUUUUCCUCAAACUACUUUUUUGUCACUGUGACAGUUGUAAAUAAAGUUUGAAAAUGCUUUCCAA